AUGAGAAGAGAACGUGACUUCUUACAACAAACAUUAGACGAAGAGAAGGCUGAAGUUCAACAAAUUAGAGAACAACAUGACAAAGACCUUGUCUUAGUAGCUUCUCUUCAACAAACUAUCCAACAACAACAAAACCAAAUUAAUGAAUUAACAAGAAAGAAAGAAGAAACUUCAAAAGAAGAUAUGGACAAAAUCCCUCCUACACUAGAAGAAGAUGAAGUUAUUACUACAUUAAAGGUUCGUGUUACUGAAUUAGAACAACAAGUUGCAGCAGAAAAAAAAGCACGUUUAGAAGGUGCUGAAGUUAUAAAGAUGAUGAAAGCAUCACAAAGUGGAGGAGUAAGUCAAGUAGAACUUGAUGAUUUCAAAUCAGAAAUAGAAGAACGGCUUAAAGGAUUACAAAGUAGAUUAAAGAUUUUGACUGCUGAAAACGAAAAAUUAAGAAAAGCAGGUGCUGGUGCACGACUAGAAAGAAUUAAAGCUGAGGCUGACGAUAAGAUGGCUAAGUAUAAAGAUGAAAUUACUAUUAUGAAAAGAAAGUUGAAUUUGCUUAUCAAAUCCAUAGAAACAAAAUGA